CCUACUCAAGCCGCAAUACGGCUAUACCUAUACUAUACCCCACAGUUGACCCCUCUCUCUCCCUCUCAUAUAUCAAUAGAGGCACUUACACAUCUGAACAAUCAGUUUUCAAUUGUGCAAGCAAAAAAAUGUUGAUGCUAGUGAAUUGCUCCGGCUGCCACACGGCCCUCCAGCUGCCCCCCGGCGCCACCUCAAUCCGCUGCGCCGUCUGCCAUGCCAUCACCCGCAUAGCUGAUCCCCGGAGCGCCCCUCCUCCCCCGCCCUCUCCCUACCUUCCCGCUACUUCCUCAUCUUAUAACAAUGGAUACAACAACAACUACUACCAACCUCCCCCUCCCGUCCCCGCCCCCGCCCCCUCCCCCUCGAACCACGGCCAGAAGAAGGCAGUCAUAAUAGGGAUCUCCUAUAGGAACACCAAAAAUGAGCUUAAAGGAUGCAUCAAUGAUGCCAAAUGUAUGAAAUAUAUGCUCAUCAACAGGUUCAACUUCACCGAAUCCUCAAUCCUCAUGCUUACUGAAGAGGAAACUGAUCCCUACAGAAUACCAACCAAACACAAUAUUAGGAUGGCCAUGUUUUGGCUCGUCAAAGGUUGCAAGUCAGGGGACUCACUGGUAUUCCAUUAUUCCGGCCACGGGGCGCAGCAGAGGAACUAUACUGGAGACGAGAUUGAUGGGUUCGACGAAACACUAUGCCCUCUUGACUUUGAAACACAGGGGAUGAUCGUCGACAAUGAGAUCAAUGCCAGUAUCGUGAGGCCUCUCCCAGCAGGUGUGAAGCUGCACGCAAUAAUAGAUGCGUGUCACAGCGGCACAGUGCUUGAUUUACCCUAUCUUUGCAGAAUGGACAGAAGUGGAAGGUAUUCAUGGGAAGACCAUCGUCCUCCAUCAGGCGCGUGGAAAGGCACAAGCGGAGGAGAAGCCAUAUCCUUCAGUGGUUGUGACGAUAAUCAAACCUCUGCCGAUACCGCUGCUCUAUCAAAGGUGACGUCUACGGGGGCAAUGACCUAUGCAUUCAUCCAAGCAAUAGAGAAAGGGAAGGGAGCUACCUACGGGAGUAUCUUGAAUGCGAUGAGGUCUACCAUCCGGCAGACUAGUGAGGAGUUAGCCGCUGGAGGGGGUCCUGUCACAACACUACUCACAAUGCUAUUGACAGGGGGAAGUGGUGUUGGACUGAGACAGGAACCGCAGCUUAGUUGUAACGAGCGAUUUGAUGUCUACAUGAAACCAUUUUCAUUCUAAGGAGACAGACAGUAUCUAGUUCCAAGUUAAUGUGAUGGAUUAUUUCUGGUAUCUGAUUUAUCUGGACUGACAGAUGUAAAGUUCUUCAACCUUUCUCAGUUUCCUUUAUUUAUUAGAUACAGACAUUUUCAUUUGAGCA